AGUUGCAAGCAAUUCUCUAACUGAAUUAAAAUCCACGUUAAAUAAAAUCAUUAAAUUAGCUGAAGAAUAUAAACCAGUUGACAUUUCUUUUUACAUCGAUAUAUUAAAAAAUAAUGUUGUUGUAGUUUUUCCACCUAAAGAUGAUAAAAAACCAAAUCCAAAUUUACCAUUCAUAAAUGCCUUAAGACCAUACAAAUUGUUAAUAAUUGUUGCUAAACCUUCGAAACAACUUAUACAAAAACGUCGAGAAAGUUCUGGUGGCAUAAUAUCUGGAAUGAUUUUAAGUGGUGACGGCAUAGCAAACG